CGAGUUAAAUUAUAGAGGUAUUAUCCAGAGGCUGAGUGGAGCGACGGGUCCAAGGCUAAUGGCUGUAGCUGCUGUGGCGCUAAACAAGCAUCCAAUGUGCUUCUCAAAUUCAAGAACAGGAACAAGAACAAGAACAAGAACAACAUCAACGCCAUCAUGUUCAUGGUUACUUGACAAGACAAACUUAUUGAGUCUUCAAAGAAAGUCUCAUUUCUCUUUAACUUGUUGCUGUUCUUCUUCUUCUUCUUCCCAAUCACUUGAAGCCAAUACACAGACUGCGGAGUCUUGUGUCAAUUUGGGCCUUUCCCUCUUCUCCAAAGGACGGGUUAAAGAUGCUUUAGUCCAGUUUGAAACAGCACUUACUUUGGAUCCUACACCUAUAGAGGCCCAAGCUGCGCUCUAUAACAAAGCUUGCUGCCAUGCCUACCGUGGUGAAGGAAAGAAGGCUGCUGAUUGCCUACGAGCUGCUUUAAGGGAGUAUAAUCUUAAAUUUGGCACCAUUUUGAAUGAUCCUGACUUGGCUUCCUUCAGAGCUUUGCCUGAGUUCAAGGAAUUGCAAGAAGAGGCUAAGCUGGGAGGGGAAGAUAUAGGCUACAGCUUCCGUAGAGAUCUCAAACUUAUUAGUGAGGUCCAAGCACCAUUUCGAGGGAUUAGGAGAUUUUUUUAUGUGGCAUUCUCAGCAGCUGCUGGAAUUUCAUUGUUAUUUACAGUUCCAAGGCUCUUUCGUGCAAUUAAAGGUGGGGAUGGUGCUCCAGAUCUCUGGAAUACUGCUGGAAAUGCUGCCAUAAAUAUCGGAGGCAUCGUUGUUCUUGUGGCCCUACUUUUUUGGGACAAUAAGAAAGAGGAAGAACAAAUUGCACAGAUUACCAGAGAUGAAACUCUAUCAAGGUUGCCUUUACGCCUUUCCACAAAUCGGGUUGUUGAGCUAGUACAGCUUCGGGACACUGUUAGGCCAGUAAUAUUAGCAGGGAAAAAGGAGACUGUUUCCUUGGCUAUGCAGAAGGCUGAGAGGUUCAGAACUGAGCUCCUGAGACGAGGUGUACUUUUAGUUCCUGUUAUCUGGGGUGAGGGUACAGAACCAGAAGUGCAGAAGAAAGGCUUUGGUGUUCCUGGAAAGGCAGCUACUGCUCUUCCUUCAAUUGGGGAAGACUUUGAGAAACGAACUCAGUCUGUAAUCGUAAAAUCAAAGUUAAAAGCUGAAAUUCGCUUUAAAGCAGAGGUUAUAUCGCCAGCAGAAUGGGAAAGGUGGAUAAGAGACCAGCAAAAGUCUGAAGGAGUCACUCCGGGAGCGGAUGUCUACAUAAUACUGCGCCUUGAUGGCCGAGUUCGAAUAUCAGGCAAAGGCAUGCCCGACUGGCAACAAAUUGUGAAAGAGCUGCCACCAAUGGAAGCAUUGUUAAGUAAGCUGGAAAGAUAGACCUUCCUGGUUCUGCCAGAUCGUCUUGAUAGAGUUUCUUUUUUCUUUCUUCGUUCUUUCUGUUGUUUUCUUUUUGGGGUCAUGAUCCUUUCAAUUUGUGUGUAGUUGUUAUCAUCAUAUUUGUAAAAUUUACUUAGCAAAUAUCAAAGAGAGAAGGAAAUGGAUAUAAUAUUAGUAAAUGGAAAAGAGCUGGGACACUCCAUAUA